AUGACCCAAGUCGCAGAAGGCGUCUGCAUGAUCUGCGCCAUUCAACUAUGGGAACUCUCUCCUUCCUACUCACCUACACAUACAAAUGAAAAUACGCCCCCAGAUUGGAACCCUUUCAAAUGGAGAGAAGACAAUAUCCUCCUUUCAGGUCCGACCUGGCCAGCGGAGGGAAAAGGGCCCACGUCUACCGCCAUUCCUGAAGAAAAUGUCACUGUCCAAAAAGCUCAUAUAUACAACCGUAGCCAAGCUACCAUCUCUUCAACUGGCCUCAAGGUCAAUAUUCAAAUCAAAAAUAUUCCUAAGCAGCAUCCAAGCUAUAGUCUAAAUGACGGACCACGCUGGUAUCUUUGCCUCCACGCUGCCUGCGAGACCCUGGCGAGGAAAGCUAUGAAUACACGCCUGCGAGCGAGAUUAGCUUUUGACGAGGGGAUUCUUGUACCGUUGUGUCUUCCUCAUGUUCCUAACAACAAACCAGGUAAGCCUAUCGAGUUGGGGGUCGAAAGGUAUUAUAUCCCCUGGCAAGCUAUUUGUACCGAGGAGUCUGUCCUUGAUGAUUGGUCACAGGAAUGGUGGAAUCAUAACCCUCUCGACAUACCUCACUUGACAGAAGCACUUGUGUCAAAUCUUGAGCGAGUAGAACCCUCGUCAACUCACAAACAAUUUAACACCAGUCUCAACAACCUACCUCCCGAGAUCGAAGAAACCAUCACUUCUUUUCUGAUAGAGGGCUGCAUAUCUCUAGAGUGCACCUAUCUCAUGCCCCAAUCCCGUUGGAAAGACAUUAUCUUUCAAAUUCCCUUCCUACGAGAUCUCGAGAAAGACAUCAUCGAGGCAAAAGAACAAGAAGCCGUAUCCGGUUCAUUCGAGUGGAAUUGGGAAAAGCUUGUCAGACAAGUCCUGUCCGAGGUUCCCAUCUUUGUCUCCAAUGACGAUGACGAGCUAGAGAAUCCAUGGAGCUACCAAACAUUUGGCUUAACUGUUCCGAUGGGUUUUACCAACAGAAGGCGAAUAUGGCAGAUCCUAGUUGACAUGUAUCCCAACGAUGUGGGAAUGGUUCAUUGUUUGGAUGAGGAAGACGAAGAUCAAGAUUACGAUCAAGACGAAGAGACUUAA